GAACCAUUACCAGUUUCUUCAUGAAGAUCCAGCCAUACUCAGUACUAUUCCUAAAGCCUUUGAAGUAACAGUUGAUGGCAACAUAAAGUCCAAGCGGAGAGAUGUAACCGAUCUUUGAUGGAACUGUGGCAAUGUCCGAAAAUUGUAAAUGUGAGACGAAUAGUGCGAUAAAGGUUUGAAAUUUUGGUUGCUUGGAUCCCUUCUUCGGCAAUUUAAAUUGAUCAGAAGUAAAGCGCUAUAUUGGACAUCUUGGAUAAUCCUUCUGGAUUUCUGUGUAACACAAUGGCAUCCUUUGGACCAAGUUCACCAGCAGCUGUUAUGUUCAAAAACCCGCCAACUGCACUUCAGUUGUUGCUGGAGGAAAUCAAUUUCCAGCGUACUAAAGAGAUGCGGCAGUUGUUGAAGGAUGAUGGCGGUUUUGUUGUGCUGCAAGGUACUACUUACUGGACAGACCUAUUCGUUCGACAUUUCCUGUUUCAAACAGAAAAGGUUCACAGCAUAGACUGUGAUGAUCUGUUAUUUUUCGUGCGCAAAAAACACGUCAAAGGAUCAUCUCGUGUCAUGCCAAAGUACGAGACGGAAAUAGAGGUGUUUCGCAAAGACUCCCGAAAGCUUCCGAUUGGGGAUCCAGACGUUGAUUGGGAAGAAACGGUGUAUUUAAAUUUGGUGAUUCAUCAGUUCGACUACACACUAACUCUAGCCAUCUGUACUAGAACGUCCCCAAAGGAGCUACAGGUACUGAGAAGACACUCGCAAAAGGUGUAUGCUUCCCCUAGCCGAAGAAAGAUGGACACCAAAGGAGAGAGUGAAGAGAUCACGUAUCCUCACAUCUGCUUUAUGGUGGAUAAUUUCGACGAAGUAUUUCACGACAUCCUGGUACGCGAUGGUGAAAUGGUUUGUGUGGAAUUGGUAGCUUCCGAUCGCGACGGUAGUGUUCAAGGUGUAAUUUUCCUAGGAUCGAUCCGUUACGAUGCAUUAAAAAGAGUUUAUGAUGCACGUCAAUCUAGCCUCAGCUCGAAAGUAGCACAACGCAUGUCUUUUGGAUUGUUUAGCUCUGGAGGACCCCAGACUCGUUGUGAGUUUGUGCGCAUGAAAGGACCCCAAAGCAAAGGCCACGCAGAGAUGGCUGUUACAAAACCAAAAGGAUCCGGUGUAGAAACGCCAACUAGUGAACCAGGGUUCUGUGCAACGGAUAUGUGGGAUUCCAUGUGGGAAGAAGACUGUGAUGAAUAUUACAACUAUCGGCAUCAAAGGCGACUGAGUGACCCCAGCGCGAAUCUCAACAAUUUCAACCGAUGCGGAUGGCGGACAAAAACCGCAAACGAACCUUCUUACGGCGGCAGUAAAGCUCGUUCGGAGAACGAAGGGUUGGAUUGUUUGGCCAACGAGGUUUCCGAGAUCGAAGCGGGCGAUUUACGAGAUGAUCGUCCUGCUUCCACGGUGUCCGAUUCAACACUCGUAGUGACUGCCGCCACCCAUGGGUCUUUGGGGAUGGCUGCAAACCGUUCCACCGUUGAGACUCGAAGAGAUAGUCGUGGAAGCUGCUGCAACUGUUUCAAACCCCGAAAACGUUGGAGCGAUUCUGCUUCCGCUCAAAUGUCCGACGUGUACUACGUACAGUGUCCCAAAUGUGAGGCGGAGGCACUGGAGACGCCCGCUUGUUUAAGUACGGUUUCCAAAGGAAAACCAACCAGCAAACAUCGCAGUUUGCUGAUAGUUGAGAGUGAGAUUGAGUUUGGGCAUGGAAAAGGAAAGAAGAAAACAGUAAUCCGAAGUGGUAGUUGUGGUUCUGAUCGAAAGAGUCCCAGGAACGAGCAUCUUAUGUUAUCUCCAAGCCUAAUGAAGAAAAAUGAAAACAAUAAUAGGAGUAAAAAAUCUCAGAACGAGCAGGUUGAGUUUGAAAUAGCGGAUGAUGCUGUUUCGUUGAAUGGUGACUUGAGUGAUGAUAUUGUGAAAUUUGGAGUUAUGAAUGAGUUUAAUGCACAGCAGAUGAUCCGCGUAAACGGCAGGGAAGAGUUUCCUGCCAAGGAGACAAUUGGUACUAAACAUAAAGCAAUAUCACAGAAAAAAGUGACUGAUAAAAAUGGAACAAUUUCCAAAGAAUGUAUAGCAGAACAACACGACAAAACCCCUAAUGCUACCACGAUAGGUAAAAGUAACAAUUCCACAAGUAGAUUUUCUUUUAUCUACCGCAAAAAGUCGUCAUUGAAGAAUGUGUUUCCUACAGUGGAUAGUACUGAGAAUGCUAACACUAAGACCGUGGAAAAUAGCCCAAAAAACAUCCAUUCUUUUUGUAAGGAGGAUGUCAAUGGAAAUACUGGCAAUAAAAGUGAUCUUGGACGAUCGGGAGUACAAGAGUCGUCCCCUGAGCAGGAUCGUCAGGACAGUGCAAAUAUCAUUGCGGCACUACGAGAACUUCGUGCGAAAAAAGCAUGCUCCACCCUACCGAAAGUCAAGAAACUUAGCUACAAUAGUUUCUAUCUGAGACCCCAGCACUUCAGUGAUCGCACAACAGAACAAGUGCCGAAACGACGUACCCCUGAUGGAACGGAUAUAUACUAUUGGUGUGAUUAUCAUCCAAAGAAGGGAAAAGAACUAGACGAUGGAGCCUACAAUCCACUGUGGACAACAAAGGGUUUUACGCAGACUUUUCACUUUUGGAAAGAAAACCGUCGUCAGCAAUCUACUCCUUUGAACGCAUUCCUAACAUACGUAACUUUGCCUUGGUGGAGCAUAGCUAAAGAUCUUUUGGAUCAUCGAGAACAGCCUAUUCUAACGUUCUGAAAGGGAAAUGAUUGAUUGUUUGCAACUACGCUCGUACGUUAUCCGUUUCAAGUUAUCUUAUUCUACUUUUUAUACUACACUGCAAACUAAUUCAUUAGUUAGUGAGUUAAAAACGUACUGAUAAAACCGAAAGGCGAUGGGAAAACUACUUAAAUCUAUAACUGAAAUGCUCUCGAAAAUCGCAUCAAACUAUUUCUGUUGCAAAGGUCACCAAAUUGGGUCUACGUAUCAUCGACUAGUCAUAUUUGAAACCAUAUUGCAUCAUAAUGUUUCAUUCUUGUUUGAAUAUAAGCUCACAAAGUUUUGUCACGGUUGAAGAAUUGAUGUAAAAUUAGUAAAAACCUUCAUAUCCAAACAUUUAGAAAUAUGCCAUUUAUAAUUUAAAAUCACUCUUCAUUAAAAUCUCACGUUUGAUACAUCAAAAAACAAAAAAAUGAUACCCAUUGAUGAAGGUUCUUCAGAAAUGUGUCAGAAGCAGGAACAAAUACAUUAUUUCAACAUAAUAAAACAACAAAA